AUGAAUGACAACGUGCAGCCUGAUAUCUGGCGGGAUUCGCUGGUGCGUUACUUGGGCUAUACGAAUGAGUUAGGCGAGUCCUUCCGCCCCAUUGUGCCGCGUAUGGUAGUCCCCUCCUACUUUGUCGCUUUUGGAUACGUUUUGGGGGACACGUUUGACAAGGCCACCAAGGCGCAUGUGAAAGCUGUGGAGCAGCAAGUUUCUCGUCGCAAACGCAAUGCUCUCGUUGCGGACGCGACGGUGGACACACUAGCGUGGCAGACCAUGGCUAGCGUCGUGAUUCCUGGCUUCACCAUUAACCGAGUGGUUGCGACGAGCGUGCUCAUGGUGCAGCAAGAGACCAAGAACUUACUGGUAGUGCGUCGGUGGGCCCCUACUGCCAUUGGACUGGGAGUUAUUCCAUUGAUCAUCCACCCGAUUGACAGCCUCGUGGAUCUAGCGAUGGACAAGACGACACGAAUCCAACGAAAAUCUACAACGUUCCUCACCAACGUGUACUUGGUACACGCCGCAGUAGUCGACGCCAGGUACCCCACCGAAGCUGCGUUCAACCUCAUUAUCCAUCGCCCGCGCAUCGCUGGUGGGGAUCUGACGAUUCCGAUCGAUUCCAGCGUGAGACUUGUCAUAUGUUGUCGCAAGGAAGCCCCACGCAACACCAUCCGUCUCCGCUACGGCAAAAUGCGCAAGUGUCUCGUCAUACGCGCGUCCGACUCGCUCGAGCGCGAAAAGUGGCUGGUCGGGAUCAUACAAGCCAUGGCAGCAGCCCAGAACCUCGGUCCGUCCGCAACGGUCCUCGACACCUCACCCGGGACAUCAUUCGAAACUGCAGCAUUACAUUGUUUCGAACCGGUGAAGAAACCGGCCGCGGGAGCUCAACUGGAAACGAGUCUUGUUCAGUCGAGCAUCGACACCGUCAGCUCAUCGACCGAUCGCCUGGACGACGUCAUCCCUCUACUUCAGCGUGCGUCUAGCGCAUCGAGUUUUUUUGCUCCAAUCGACGUGAUUCAACAUCGUUCAAGCGAAGAUCAACCUCGAGCCAGCAGCGCUCAUCGGCGGCGUGCACGACAGUAUGUACGCUCUGCUAUGCACUUCCUCACCACUUUCCGGUGA